UAUUCCCCGGUCUUGCGCAGUCACAUCCACCGUCAUGGCGCUGGUUCGUUCCUUCUACAAUGUUUUCUUCAGGCGAACGUCUACUUUCGCCAUAUCCGUCAUGGUUGGAGCGGUACUCUUUGAACGGAUAUUUGACCAAGGUGGAGACGCCUUAUAUGAAUAUAUGAACCGCGGGAAACUGUGGAAACAAAUCAAACACAAAUACGAAACCGAAGAGGAAUAAUGUAGGACGCUGCCAAAGGGUCACCUAAGGCUGAACGUGCAACACGUCUGUCAACCAUCCAACACCCAUUCUUCUUCUGAUACUCCACACUAUAAAACUAUGGUCAACAUGGACACUGUGCUCCAAAUCCAUCUCCCGGCAGUUUCGGUUAUCUGUGGACGGACCGGUUCGAGCUGAGUACUGUCCCGACCACCGUGAAGAUGGAGCAGUGGUUCCUGUCACCCCCCACCAAACCUUCUGUCCUUUUGUUGUUUAUAUGUAAUACUCUCCUUGAUUUGGAUUGUACAUGGAUAAAGUAAAUAUGUAUUACACUGUCA